GUGCCAAUGAUAACAGAGAGUGCUUCCAGACACUUUGUUUAACACGUUACACCUACAUAAGAAUCUUCAUUCAAGUACUCUUCCAAUUUCACGGGCUGACGUAAGCUUCGUUACCGAGAGAUCCCGCCAAGAUGUCAGGGAGAAUCCCACAGACACCCGAGGAGGUUGAUGCCAUUCCAACGCUUAUCCAGGUCAACUUAUAGCACUUAUAUUUCCAAUCACAACAUUUUUCAUGAUAUAUGACAAUGUGCGCCACCUGUUUUUGAGUUAGCGCCUUAUGUCGAUGCUAUACAUUUUUUUACUUAAAAAACAAAAAAAUGAAAAUUAAUUUUUUUUUAAAGCCGUUUUGAAUAAUUAAUGUUCGUGACUUUAUAAGUGUAUAUUGUAGGUGGCAUCAGAAAAUACGUUAAGUCACGUCUACCCUUUUNUAAGUGUAUAUUGUAGGGGGCAUCAGAAAAUACGUUAAGUCCCGUCUACCCUUUUCUAAAUUUUACCUUUUCUGUUUUCUAUUAAACUGAUGAAAUUUACAAGGGGUAGAAGAACCCCCCCCCCCCCAAACCGAAGAAGGACACUAACAGUUGUGUCAGCACAACCGUUGUUGUCCGUCCACCUUCACGUCAUCUAACCUUUCUGUGUUCCUUACGGAUUGAACCUGCACGCCGUCCUCCAAUGCCAAUCUCCAUUCAACCUAUUGACAGGCCGUGCGCAUCAUCGGCAACCUCGUCGAUCUCCCGGCCAACACGCAGCUUGACGAGGCCAAGAUGAUCAUCAAACGACUCUUCGACCUGAUCCCGCCACCGUCCAGCAGAGUGAGUACAGUUUGCCGGCCGAAAGAGUUAUUUUACUUAUUGCAUUCACCUAAUUUUAUUUUUUUUUAUCCUUUAUAUCAACAUCGCUUUUGUUCGUGUGUUUCUGUAUUAAAGGCCCAAAAUUUCGGACGGCUAAUUGACCCACUUCCCGUCAUCAAAAUCAACUCCCCCCUCCCCCCGAAAACGUGGUAAAAAGACUCGACAAUGACAACACAUUUUAUCAAAAAAUUUUCGGCCACACCAAAAAUCCGUUUUUCCUCUUUUUUCCAAAUAGAAGAAGUGUGAAAUAUGAUUUGUUCAAAUGGUUGCAUGUUUUGCUGUGGAGAUCAAUUGUGCAGCUGUUGCUUCGUGUUUUGUAUUUGUGACGUAAUUGGGUAUGCAGUAAAAAAUAAAAUGUAAUUUUGAAAGGGGAAAAAAUGAAGGAAAUAUGAAACGUGUUUUCGCCAGUUCUAAGUCCGUGGAAUCAACGGUGCGUUGUGCAUUGUUAUCGUGACAAUUGGAUUAAAGUGAAUGAGUGUAAACUCUUGUCGUGUCAAGGACGCGUGUGUGGAUUGUGGGGGGCUUGGGGUGGGGGGUGGGGGGUAGAUUAAAGUGAAUGAGUGUAAACUCUUGUCGUGUCAAGGACGCGUGUGUGGAUUGUGGGGGGCUUGGGGUGGGGGGUGGGGGGUGGGGGGUGGGGGUCAAUGGGGAGAAAAAGAUUUGAGAGACAGAGACAGUUACAAUAGUUUUGUUUACAUUCACGGUGGGGCUUUUGCCUGGUACUUAUUCUCUGCAGGACGUAAUAAAGUAGAACUUUCGUUGGUUUAACAAGUGAAUUGUUUUUGUUUUUGUGUACAGUGUAAAGGCACUAUUUAGUGUUGUGAUGAAGUGAAAUUGACGUACAGUGUAAAAUGAACCAUGCAGUGUGACGAUGAAAGAAAGUAAACUUAUAAUGUGAAAUAAACUGAUCAAUGUUGUGAAUUGAAAUAAACGUACGGUAUAUCAUAUAAUAUACAGUGUUAUGAUGAAGUGAGAGACAAUAUCUAAAACGGAUAGUCUUAGAUAAGAAUCGAUGGAAUCUUUGACUUUCAGGUGUUUACCAAUUUACCAUUCCACUUCUUAUUAAAUGAUACAAUUAGACAAUUGCAACAAACAAAAUGCAUAUAAAAAGAACUUUUACUGUAAAACUUUGCUUUUAGUGGUUGUUUAAAAAAAUUAUUAAAAAAAUUAUUGAAAUUAUUUUUUGAAGAGUUCAUCGAAUAACUGUGUACAUCUUUACCAUUGUCUGCUUAAAUCUUUAUUGAAAGAAAGAAUAUAUUUUUUUUUUAAAAUUAUUUCAAUGAGAAGAGGGAAAAGUUAUUUUUAGAAGAUUCGAUUGCAAAACUUAAAUUGGCAGACUUAAAAAAUUGAAUUGAAAUAUCAACGCUUUAGAGUUUCUUUGGCUAAAUCAAGUCUUUUCAUUUACUUUAAAUUAAUUUUUUAACUUUAAAAAAAAUGUAUAAUACAACAAUUUAGUUGCUUUUUUUUAAUUAUGAAAAUAUAAAUCCACGAUUGUAUAACAAUAAUAUAUAAUUUAUCCAGUUAGAAAACAGCAGUGAAUUCCAUAGCGGAUGUUACAGGUGCACUUAAACGUGAAGCAUUUAUUUCAUCCCGCAGGGACCAAUCGUGGAGAGGGAAGCCCUCGCAGCAGCGGUUAAUGUAGACAGAGGCAACCGAGCUUACCUGAGACGGCUGCUGGCGAGAAUUGGAGAAUACCUCCAAGGGCUACCCCAGCCCUAUCAGGUUUAAACGGAAAAUUUUAAACUCAUUUCCCAUCCACUUAUUACAACUAACGUGUUGCUCGUAAUACACAUUCAGCCGCAUCUUAAAAUACAUAACUUCAACUGUACUCAUAAAGUUACAAAUACCUGCAACACACUGCUCAACCAUUGCAAUUGGGAUGCCAUUCUGGCGAAUAUUUAUACAACUAUUACAGUCACAAUUACGCACACACGUGCCGGUCAACUAUUGCAGUUAAAAAUUAAAUUGACAUACUGAUUACACAAUCUGCUAAACGUGACUAUUAUAAAUGAAGUGCUGCGUUCAAGAUGUGUGAAGGAAAUAGUAGAACAAGGUACGUGUGGAGGCUUGAAAUAAACAAGACGGGAUAUUAAAAGGAGAACGUUUUGCAGACAGGGCAAAUGAAAAAUAAAUGGAACUGGUUUCCUGCGCUAACACAUCAGUGAGAGUUAGAAAAGUCAAUAAAUAAAUCAGUUUUUUUGGCACAAUAUCAUCAUAUGGAAUUAAUCAAAUUCUCUCUUACUGCUUAUCCUCAAUCCCUAUAAUUCUUUUCUUAUUUCUUAUAUUUAAAAAAAAAAAAUAUUAUCGAGGGAAAAAAAUCUUAUUUUCUAAGAUAUAAUACAUACAUUCGUUUACUUCCUAUAAUCUUAAUUUUGAAAAACCCUACUUCCGGCAAUAACAUUAAUGGCGACCACUUAAGCUUUCUAAAAAAACACUUUAUAUUUCUUCUUUUUUUUUGUUUAAAUUUUAUUUGUCCCGUCUGUAAAGAAGGCUCUUAGCCAAUACGUUCUUCUUUUACUGUCUCGUCCUUCUAGUUCAAGCUUCCAUAUAACUUUUUCAUCUAUUUCCUUCAGCCUUUACCAUUUAGCUUGCGUACCCGUUGUACGCAAACUGUACAAUUUUUAUAUAUAUAUAUAUAUUUAUAUUUAUUUAUGUAGUUAUUAAAAAACAGUUAAGUUCAUUCACAUGAUUAUUGCACUAAAUUAAAAAUAAUUCGAGCCCUAUUAUAAAAUGUAUUUAAUCUAUAACAUACAGCAAAAUUUGUAAUUAUGCGAACAGUUUGUUGAUUCAUCCUCCAGGAUAAUUUGCAAAUGAUGUUUCCCAAUUAUAAAGAACAGCUGUCCUGUUACAAUGAAGAAUUAAAUACACCUACUUGUGAGAUCUUGGUGGCUGGUGCGUAUUAUUUAAAUAAAUGAAUGAACACAAAUGAAUUUUCUACCAAUCAAACUUUUUUAAAAGUAUCUUGUUAGUAAUGGGAGGGCAAAACUCUUUGUCCAGAUGGCCACAAGGACAUUUGUUGGUUUUUUAGCAGGACCCAUGCGAAUUUUUAAGUAUGGUAGUCAUCCUUGUUGCGGGAGAUGGGUUCCGAAAAUUCAUUGGGAGAUCAGUACGCAAUUAGGCAGUUGAAUAUUAUUGUUUUCAAUUUACAUUUUAUGUUACUGUUAUUAAGUAUACAAUUUUACACUGUGGUGAUUAAUGCUCAGACGCUUUUAGAUACAAUUAUUCACAAUUUGUAAAGACUGCGUAAAAACUAAUCCAGUUCUAGGAAGCUUAACAUUUCAGCAGGGCAUUUAUGCCCGCCCACCGCCUUUUCCCACCCCUUCUUAAAUGCUUACUUAUAUAUAAAUGCACACAUAAAUAUGGUUUGGCUUAAACAAAAAGUAUACGUUUCUAAAACAUAUGAUGAAAGUAUUGAUUUAAUUGCUUUGUUGUUUCGCGGUAAAAUAAUAAACAAUAUCAAUAAUAAGAUAUUGAGUGUAAUUGUUCAUUAAGUGCAGCACCAUCCUUCCCCCCCCCCCCCCACGUUUGCUCCCAAAAGAGCAUGUUUCUUUAUUGCAUUCCCUAUUCGAAGUAUGAAGUUUAAGUUAGUAAAAAAAGAAAUGUUGACCUUCACAUGUUUAGGUGAGACGUGUUCUGGGAAAUCUAGCCUCAUCAAUAUGUUAAUCAACAAGGACCUUCUGCCCACCGGCGUUCUCAGGUGCACCUCGGCCGUCGUGGAGAUUAAGUAUGGAGCCGUCCCCGAGGUCUAUGUCUACUCGAAGAAUGGGACAGGCGGCUCAGUGCCACCAAGACAGGUAAAAAGACGUUCAGAAGUCUUAUAGGUGCAGUGUUAUGAUUUUGAUAGGGCACAGAUGACUUGGCUUAGAAAAUGGGUCAGAUCAUGCUUAUGCCAAAGAUUUGGUGACUUCAUUUAAAGAGGCGAUUUAUUGAGGAAGAAUUGAAAAGUAUACAAAUAGUAUAUAUAUAUAUAUAUAUANGACAUCUUAACACGAUAAUUACAAUUUCAAAUCAGACAUGUGCACUACGCAAAUAAAAAUCUACGUUAAAAGUUUUACAACAAAAUCUCUUAUGAAAUGUAAAGCUCAAUAUGAAAACUAACAAAUAAAAUUAAAUACAACUCUGUAUCAAUAAGGUAAAUGAUGGUUACUAUGUUUGACCUUCCGGUUAACGAUCUUUCCACUCAGUUCAGUUAUCAUGCAUUUUGUAAAAUAUAUUUUAUCAAUCAUAUUUCUUUCAUGAAAUACUCAUCGUUACAGACUUAGAGAACUAUACAUUUUGCUCACCCACACCAAAUUCAUAUGUAUGUAGAGAUAGCCGUUCGUUCUACGAGUGUUUUGUCUCUGGAGAUCUCAAUCCCACGAGGCCCCGAGAGGGUGCGUGGACAGCAUUGUGUCGAAGAUGAGUUGAUAUAUAAAACACAUUGUGUUCAGGUAAAGUCCGCGUCCAGUGACGGGAGCGAGAAGACAUUACAGGAUGAACUCAAACGCAUUAUAACAGAGAGAGACCCCACGACAGAUGACAGCCCCUUUGAGAAGGUAGUCGUCUUCUGGCCUUUGGAAUGUUUGCAGGUAGGCGAUGUUACAUCUAAUUUAUUUUUUCGGUGGGGGGAAUGUAAUUAAAAUAAAUUAGAGGAAUAAAAUGGCAAGCAGGUCAAAUUAUAUUUUAAAAAAACAACUUUAAAAACAGAGUUUUUGGUAUAAAUCAUGUAUAUGUAUUUUUAAUUGUUUUAUUUAAUAUUACUAUUUUAAUGUCCCACCGGCAUAUUGAUUUCACCAACUGCUUAAGAAAAAAAAAAAUAAAAUAAAAUAUGUUACACAUCAAAAGCACUUGCGAUAUUUUACGAAUCUCAUUUAGCGCAGUUAUCGGGAAUUUUUAUUUCGUGAAAUCAGUGGCAACAUAUUUACGUCAUCUUCCAUUUGGAAAACAGGAAAAACAUAUUUUUGUUGUUGGAGUUAAGAGGUCUCAUGUGAAUUGCUUAACGAUACCAACAGAUUGUAUCACUUGAACUUGAACUAGCUGAAAGAAAUUUUGUUGGACUAAUAUUAUAUUAGAUUAAAAAAAUUUGUUUCAAUGAUUCUGUUUAUUACAGUGUGGCGUUACGAUAGUGGACAGUCCUGGGGUUUGCGAAACAGCAGCCUUGUCGCAGACUCUAGCCAAUUAUCUAGCAAAGGCUUCCGGCUUAAUCUACGUCAUUGAUGCUACAUCGUCCAUGCCAAAACACAGGGUUAGUAACAGGUUUUCACAGUGUAUGUAACCGGUCCCUCUGUUACUAGUAUCGUCAACAUCACAAUAAAUAAGAGUAUCAUCCCAUUGCCACUUUCAUUUUCAUUGCAAAUCCCCCUAUCUUGUAAGGAAAAAAAAUUAAAAUGGGUCAAACAUACUCUGUCAUCUUCCUGGAAUAUACAAUAGCUUCUACUGACUCAUUUUUAUAGUCAACAUACUAAUAAGUGAUUUUUAGUUUCACACCAGUUCUUGGAUCAUUUAUUUCCUCUCGCACGUACGAUUUUAAUAUACCCACAGCUCCUAUAUCAAUACAACAUUAUCUAUAAUUAUCUUUGAUCUGCAUUAUCUAUUUCUUCCAGUCAACACACAGACACACAAGACAGGUAGAUACACACACACACACACACAUACACGCACAUUCAUAUUAAUAAUAACGGCCACGCGUCAUUGCUGGUACGUUCUUGUUUGGAAGGGAGCUGUAACAACAUACAAUACUUAAAGAAUAAGACCCAAGAAAAAACCAGGCCCCAAAAUAACGAAACACAAAACACAACCUUUAACAUCCACUUGACAGCUUGUCCAGCUGCUGCUCAAGGCCUCGGAGCGUCGGGAGGGUUUCGACCCGAACACGGCCAUCUUCGUCUGCAACCGUUGGGAGGCCGUGAGACCGGAGGACUCAGAGAGGGUGAAGGCGUCUUUCGUCGACCGGUUGAGCUUCAUCAUCCCCGACUUCAACGGGUCGCAGCUGUAUCCCAUUUCUGUCAAAGAUGUAAGGUCGAGGUCGAUCAGUUUGUGUUUGUUUGUUUUUCUUUUUGAUUCGAAUUGUCAUCCAAUUAUGCCCAUUGUCGAAAAGCUUAAGUUUAUCCUUUCCCAUGCACUGAUGCAAAGGUCAUCAAGGUGGUUGUUGUUUUGUUGUUGUUUUUUAAGACGACGGGGAGAUACGAAGGGGAAAGGACGAAUAGAUUGUCCCCACCUCAAUGGAAAAUGAAUCUAGAAAUUACUGCUUUUCUAAAAAAAAAAAAAAAAAAAAAAAAGUCAGAUAAUUCCAUUCAUUCAAUUCAGAUUCCAACAUGAAUCUUGCAACAACCAACAGUUUAAACAGCCUUGCACAUUUUUACAACCAAAGCUGUCCUUUCAGGGCAUUUACUUUUACCACCAAUCAGUUGUGAGGUACUUCAAAUGUGGUCAUCCAAAACAAUAUGUGCCAUGCAAUCAAAACAAAUUUUCAUUGAUUUUAAUUAAUAAAAGCAUUUUAUCUUAUCUUAUCUUACCUUAUCUUAUCUUACCUUAUCUUAUCUUAUCUUACCUUAUCUUAUCUUACCUUAUCUUACCUUAUCUUAUCUUACCUUAUCUUACCUUAUCUUAUCUUAUCUUAUCUUACCUUAUCUUACCUUACCUUACCUUACCUUAUCUUAUCUUACCUUACCUUAUCUUACCUUAUCUUAUCUUAUCUUAUCUUACCUUACCUUAUCAGAAAGCCUACUUACACGUAUAAAAGGCUCCAAAGUCUGCGACUUUCAAAUCCCUAUUGUCGACGCGGGCGGGAUGAAAAAGAUGUCGAGGGCAGAAUGAAACUCGUGGGUCAUAGGUUUCCAACCUUUUUAAUAAAAUACGGUCUUAAGAAAUAAAAAAAAAGAGGGACAUUUAAAGAAAAUGAGAUUGGUGAAAAGUGGAUGUUUACAGACAGUAGACAAAAAGGCUUAGCAGCAUAAAAAAAGCUGUAAUUUCUGAGAGAAGCUGAGAGAAACUUAAAUUAAACUUUCAUUACCGGACUAGCCGCAGCGCAAGUCCGAUAUUUUUUUUCUCCAUUUAUUUAACUCGCAAAAGAAACAAAACGGAUACAGAUCUCUGGAUAAAGACAUCUCCAAUGCCCCGAAAUGGGUUUCUUUCACCCUUAGCAAUAUCAGGAGCACACUUAUCUAAACGCGUUUCACAAUCCCUUCAUAAUUACCGACUUCUCACCAGUUAUGACACACCAAACACCAGUUAUGACUCACUACACAUCAGUUAUGACACAUUACACUCAUUUACAAAAAAAAAGAAUAGCAAUCACGUGAAUUUAUUUAAAUGCGUUGAUAAAUUAUACGUAAGUGUUCACUGUCUUGAAUAUUUACAUGGUUAAUAAUUCAGAGUGAACAAAACUAAUUGUUCAUAAAAAAAAUUAGCAAAAUAAUUUUUCUUCGGAACAAUUAAAAUUUCUAAACCAACUUACUGACGUAUCACAAGUUUCAUUGGAAAGACUGAGAGGAAAGGUCUUAAUGUAUAAAUGAAAUUCUUUAUUCGCUGCCAGGGCUGUGCGAAGAGGGUGAUGAAGUGGUCAAUCGCCACAGGUGCCGAUUUCAGGAAGCGCUACAUCGUCUAACACAUGAACUAACUAACACAUAUUCUGGUAAAUGUCUGAGAUUACUCUCUUAUGACCCCGGCUAGUAAAUUGGCUAUCAACUCCAUCUGUUGAGCUGAGCCAUACAACAUUUUCCUCACAAUGGGUUCUCCAACCGCCCUGGCUUCCCCUGGGAAAUCUAGUGAUGGACUUUCGGUCAACAGGUGCGCUAGAGUCUCCGGGGCCAGGCUGCAAUGCCGGCAGGUAUGAUCCCAGUUGUUAUCCAGCCGCCAGAAGGAUGUGCCAAUGGGGCAGUGCUCGGAGCGCAUCUGCGUCACUAAGCUCUGCUGUCUGCGGCCUUCCCCUACCAAGGGUCUUGUUUGCUAGGAGUGGGCAAGUUUGAAAAGACUCCUGACGGUCGUUUUGUCUGCCCAUUGCCUAUACCACUUCGACCUGAAAUGGUCCGCAAGCAAGUUUUUAAUUCCCAAGUAAGUUAUUGGUACUUUUGGCUGAGGCUGGGCAGGCCCGGUUUUCGCUAGAGUGUCUGCUGUCUCGUUGCCACUGACGUUGACGUGGCCAGGUAUCCACUGCAUUGUCACCUUGCCCCCUAGUUCCCCGAUUUUGCACACGUCAUCAAUGAUGACGUCGACCAAGUGGGUGGUACCCAGUAUCUUUCCCAAGAUCUCGAGAGCAGAUCUUGAGUCCGAUUAGACGACUAUAUCGAGCCCCACAUGCUUCGUCCCCUUCAAUGUUUUAUGUACUCUCUCUAAGACCCUGUGUAUAGCCAUGAGCUCCACAUACAAAUUUUAUGCUGCAGUCCCACAGGAUCCCGAGAGUUCGUCUGUUGGUGGUCCUCCUGCUGGGUACAGUAUGAGCGCACCAUACCCAGCAGUUCUUUCUCUCAGAUUGGCAGAGCUGUCCGUGAACACUUUCACGGGUAUCUGUGUGAACACAUCCAUGGUCUCAAGGGCAGCCACUUUCUGAACAUGUUCAGGGCUACGUUUCGUCACUGCUGCAUCGGUCAAGGCCAAAUGUAUGGAUGUUCGUGAGGGUUCCGCAAAAAGCAGAUUAACUGGUAUUAGGGUCAGCCUUUCUUUAUUUUGGGGCAGGUAGAUUGUCCUUUCCAGCUCCAUGACCUGGUGCAUGAAUGAGGACCUCUUUAGUCGCCUGCCACCAACCCAGUUAUUCUGCAAUUGGAAGGCUGGUUCAUUUUUGUCCAGCCGCCGGUACCUCUCUACGGUACUUAAUAUUGAUUUUUCCUUCCUGAUUUGUAGCGGUUCAACAUUGGCCAAGACCUCUACAGCAGCUGUAGGGGUGGUCCUGAAAGCGCCACAGAUGAAUCUCAAAACCCUGGUUCUGUAUUCGGCCACACUUUUCCAAUGCGGUCUUGCUUGCAAAGGAUUGGACUGGCAUGCUGUAAUACAUCACCGACCUUACACUGCUUAGGAGUAGAGCUCUAAGCGUUCUUGCGCCCGCGCCCCAACUUGUGCAAGCCAACUUUGUCACCAGGUUGAGCUUGGUGGUUGCCUGGAAGAAGAGGUCUUGUACAAAAUUAUGCAUAAAUUUUCGGAAAGAAAGGAGCACCAAUUUCUUUUCUUUUCUUGUUGUUGAUGUUUUAAAAAAAAUAUUUUUAUUGCCGCUAUAUUCAGGGUUUGCUUCGGGUGCCACUUUUACUUUAGAACGGUCCGUUUUGUUGUCGGUAAAAAAAGACUUAAAAAUACUUUUGUUUUAUAGAAUAUCACAAAACUAAAAUAUUGCUUGGUAAGCUCGAAGUACGGGUGAUUCCUUUUUAAAUAUAUUGAUGCCCAGAAUUUUCAGGUUUUGCCCCGGGGUGCCUUUUUUUCUCGGCGUUGGGGUCAUUUUUUUUUUUGACGCCCUAUUCCAAAACGGCUGGAUUCAAACAUUUGUUUUUACAGAAUAUCACAAGACUUAAUUAUGGUGUGGUAAGCUCGGAAUACGCGGCACUGAUAGAAGGGAUCAGACAGAUGCUGCCAAGAACAAUGACUGGCAGGCUACGGAUAUAUUACAGGUUCGUUCAUGUCCCGUUCAUGUCCCGUUCAUGUCCCGUUCAUGUCCCGUUCAUGUCCCGUUCAUGUCAAGUUUAUGUCCCGUUCAUGUCUCCUUCACGUCCCGUUCAUGUCCCCUUCAUGUCUCCUUCAUGUCCCGUUCAUGUCCCGUUCACGUCCCGUUCAUGUCCCGUUCAUGUCCCGUUCAUGUCCCGUUCAUGCCCCGUUCAUGACCCGUUCAUGUCCCGUUCAUGUCCUUUUUAUGUCAUAGAAAGCAAAAAACGAUCUGGGACAAAGACGGAUUUUUUCACUAAUGUCUCAUAAUCAUCUUGUUUCUCGAAUUUUGUUUUUAUUGCUCACACAUUGGAUUCUAUCGCUCAGUUGAUCGACUGCGUUGUAGGUGAAUGAAAGAUUGCGUCUGAGAUGCGUGAACAUCGCGUCUGCUUCUUUCAGUGAACGUCGUGAGAAGUUUGGGUUUGUGGAUGUCAUAUGAGAACUCUAGGAUUGUGGGGAUUAAAAUAAACUGAUAUUUCUUAGUCAAUAAUAUACAUACCGAUAGAAUGUGUUGUCAUCGACAACGAGUUAUCAUUACUUAACAGUAGAAAAUUUAAAAAUGCGUUUUAAAGUUUGAAAAAAAAUAAUAAUUUCUAGCAAUGACGUGUCUAAAAUAUUAAAAAGUAGAAAAUAAUAUUUAUUAUUUCUUUCAAUGCAUUACGAAAAUAUUGUCUUUGAACAAAAUAUUUUCUAAAUUAAAUUUUAAAAUCAUAUUAAGUUUAUCCACAUUCUAUUCAAAUCAUUUGGCUACAUAGGUUGCUCAUCUACACGUCUGCUUAGACUUUCUUGUGAUACAUUUUAAAUUAUUUUAUACUUUUUAGUGGCUUGGACCGGUUUUUUUCUCCAAUUUGUUUGCUUAUAUUCUUAUCUAUAUUGUUAUUUAGAUAUGUAGCAGCACUGCUGGAGAAGUCUCGCCAUUCACUGCGCAUUUCCUUAAGCGUCCUAACGGACAGUAUGGAAACCAACAAGAGGAGGUACAAAGAGGUGGAAGCGAAGAUGAAGAAGAUCAAGGAACAAUCGGAUGUCCUGCUGAAGGAGAUCAAAAAACACGUCAAGAUUUUCAGCCACCAGACGGCAAAAGAAUUGGUUUGUCACCUGGACUCACAUGAGAUCAGGUGUGUUUUAUAUAUAUCAAUUUAUAUAUAUAUAUAUAGACAUAUAUAUAUAUAUAUAUAUAUAUAUAUAUAUAUAUAUAUAUAUAUAUAUAUAUAUAUAUAUAUAUGUAUAUUAUUUUUUUUAUAUAGUGUGUUUUAUAUAUAUAUAUAUAUAUAUAUAUAUAUAUAUAUAUAUAUAUAUAUAUAUAUAUAUAUAUAUAUAUAUAUAUAUAUAUAUAUUUAUACAUAGAUAUUUGUAUAAUAUUUCUUUUAUAUAAAGCAAAGUUUUACCAUGUUUCUAUGCACAUAUGUAUCUUAAGUUUUUAUGCUAACCAAUUACUCAAUAACAUGACAGCCAAGUAAUGGAUGGCAAGCCAAUUUGACAUGGUCCUAUCUACUUAUCUAUAGGGGGUUUCUAGGGACUUUGGUCGAAAUCAGUUUAUCCUAAAAGCGGAAAUUUAGAAAUUAUUUAAAAUAUAGUGAGUAAAGUGUGGACAAAAUAUUCUCAAGUGGCUUUCUGGGACAUUGAAGUCAAUUUAUCUUAGAUAUACGCCUUUUUAAUAAGUAUUUACCCAGAACGGUGAAAAAUUAUACAUUUAUUGAAGUAAGGUUAUAGAUUUAAAACUAAUUUUUUGUUCAAAGAUAUAAAAGAAAAAGGUUGGGCACAAGUCAUUCAGAUUUUAAAAAAAUAAAUAAACUAAAGAGUCAGGCAGUAGCCGGAAGUACUGUGAUGAACCCAACAAAACGACGAUUUAUAUUGCUGCUAUGUAAAAUUUAGAAUGUGGUUAAUACCCUGCGGUGAAUUUCGUCUCUUAAUCAACGCUGUACAAACUGUUUGACCUACGCAUAGAGCGCUUUAUCAAUCGUGUUCAUCUCUAGCUCAUCGACACCCUUUGUAAUUAUUCAAUUUAUUUCAAAAUUCAUUGAGCAGUGGUGCGGGAAAGCCACUUCAUUUUACUAAAAGAGCAAGAUGAGGUCACUGUCUGCAGCAACUAUCCCAUGCCCGCGGUGCCAGAGAUCAUUCCGAGCACGGAUCGGUCUAGCAAGCCACCUACGAGCUCACCGUAACCCACCCCCCCCCUAACCGGAUGACUCGAUGGUCCUAGUCGACUUCGACGGACUAACAACUAAAAUUAUUCCAAAAUUAUAUUAUACUGAUUCUACUCCACCACCCAGCAUUUUUAAACGGUGGUCAAUGGUAGCGAAAUAAUCGAUCUCACGACCACUGUGUGUCCAUGAGUUAACGUCCCGCGCAUGUCUUCACGCAGAAGUAAGCUGGCGGCAGGCUGCGAUUGGACGGCGGUGAGGCAAAGAAGACGCUGGGUGAAAAAGGCCGAGACGGCAAACGCCCUCAUCGCCGAGGCCGUCUGCGACGAGGUCAAUGAGUUCGAGAGGGAGCGGAGGUCGGUGAAGGAAAUGCUGGACGAAAUCACGGCACAGUUUCGCCGGCAGUUCAAUCUGUUUGAAGAUCAGUUGAACAUCGUCAAAGGUGAGUGGUCAAUUGAAGGGUGCUAUUGUGCUAAACAGGGUUUCAAUGUAUAUCACCAUAGAUCUCUUGAUCGUGAGACUGAGGGAGGGAAGGAAAGAGAAGUAAUAAUUAAAGGGGAGGUGGGGCUGUUUUUGCCCCCCCCCCUUUUUUUUUUUGAGAGAGAAACCUGAAAGAAACGAUCACGAUGUUAAUACCGUAAGAAAUUCGGGGGAAGGGGGGAAGGGGGGGGGGAAUUAAGUGAAUUGUUUAUAGGAUUCUUAGUGUAAGAAUUAUAAUUUUACAGCAGAUUAUAAAUACAUUUAAAUUAGCUGAUAUCAUUAUAUCCCCCGUUCAAAGAAAACAAAAUAAAAAAUAAUUUUUUUAAGUACCUAGUGUCUGUUUUAAUUUUUUUUUUAAAGAUGUUUCAGUAUAAGCAGUCUGUGUUAAUAAAGAUAAUAGUAGGGAUUCUUUUGAAAAUACGGCUAAAUAAAAUAAGUGUUGGACUGUGAUAUCGCGAGCUGCAUGCGGCGCUCUUUAGCGACCCGAGUGCGGCUCAACCAGUCGGCCUCAACCAGUCGGCCUCAACCAGUCGGCCUCAACCAGUCGGCCUCAACCAGUCGGCCUCAACCAGUCGGCCUCAACCAGUCGGCCUCAACCAGUCGGCCUCAACCAGUCGGCCUCAACCAGUCGGCCUCAACCAGUCGGCCUCAACCAGUCGGCCUCAACCAGUCGGCCCUAAAUCGGUUUUGACCCUGAACAGCAUGGGUCUUGAAAUGUUUUUGAAAAGAAAUUGGGCUCUUUAAAAAUGUAAUCGUUCCCGCUGCUGAUAUUUUGGCUCUUUUGGCUGAGUUUGAGGACCACUGAAAUAUAACAGCUUAAAUUAAUAUUAGGCACAUUACAAACGACGUUUCACCCACAGCUGUCUACGCCAAUUGGAGUAAGCGUUAGAUUGAUCAGAUGAAAUGUCUGCUAAGGACCAAAAAAAAAAAAACUUGUCAUUUUCCCCAUGCAUCACCACACCACUAAAUCUUUUUCUUUGUUUUACGUUCAACUUCGGUGCUUAGAUAAAUUGUUGGAGGACGAUCAGCUGAGGAUUUUUGUUGACGUGACCAGGACUACAAGGACCGAAAAGCAGGGCAGGAAAAGGACUCGGGUUCACUACAGGUUAGACAAGAUAAGUUAUUAAAACCGAGAGAUGUUGUCAAUGGAAAACAUCUGAUUACUAUUCAAUUUGGUAUCCCGGUAUUUUCUAACAAGUGCACCUACCGUCUAUGGAGCCUGUCUGACAUGACGGCAACUGUGGUCACUAAGAGGAUGAAACCUAUAUAAGCAGGUUAGAGUGGGACUGUGUUCUCGUUUCUCAUCUGGGUGAUAAGGCUCUGGGGUCUAGGGUUUUAGUUUACAACAUUGAUUCCUUUUCCUAUUUGGAUGUGUGGCAUGUUCCGGUAAGAUUUACGGUUCAUAACCACCCCCCCACACACACACACUGUUUUCCCUCAUAUGUUAUUGCCAUUCCUUUCGGAAGAGGUUGUUUACCACACUUUAAUCCCCAGUUGGAUUUUCGUUCAGCUUGUUUGAGGCUGGGCAGAUCCUUGCUUGGUUAGAGAGUCAUCUCUUUCAUUGUAAUCCCGCAUGUCCAGGGAUCCAUUAGAGGACCACUCUGCCCCCAGGCGACCUUAUGUCUUGUAUUAUGUCCAUUGUUGAGUUAACCAUUUUCGUGUCUGUUGAUCCCCUUUCUCCUCACAGACUUGAAGACCAGCUGUGGGUCGGGUAACACGACUAUGGACGGAAGUUGUUAUCAUCUCGCUACUCUGCAGCGAUCAGCUUCGAUGGCUGCAUCGCAAAUUGUGCUCUCUUCCCACUCGGCCAUGUAAUCUCCUCUGUUGGAGGCACCUUUUGGGCAAUGUACGAGUGCGCCUAAUCCAGCUUAUUUUCGAUGGUGUCCAUGUAGGCUUGUAAAUCAAUCGUCAUCUUUUCCAACAUAAAGAGGACUCGACUUUGAAACUGCCGUAUUUCCCAGCGUAAGACGUAAGACGUAGUCAAUGCAUUCGUUUGUGAUGGCUCCUGGAACAAGUGCAUAGCUUUUCUUUAUUUUUUCCGAUAAAGGGUGAUUACUCUCAAGUGAGUGUACCCCAUCAAUGAAGGGGGUUCUUUUUAUUCUUGUCAUCUUUAUCCACCGGUCUUGUAACUGAAAACAGGGUUCUUUUUCCCCCAUACGUCGGUAUCGUUCCACCGUCGUUAGGAUGUCUUUGUCUGUCCUAUUGCCAGGUGGUUCUACGUUGUCUGACAGAAUAUCUACGGCUGCCUUGGGUGUUGCUCGCAACGGACUGCACACGAACCUGAUGGCUAGGUUUUUUUAUGCGGUCAAGGCCAGCUAGAGUCGAUCCUCUCUCCUACCAACCUGUCCCCCGACAUUGGCACGAGAGGGGAUCCACUCAUAAAACAAGUAGCAGUGACCCUGUUCUCCACUAGCCUGUUCCCGGACCACUAAUGGAGAAGGCAGACUGAGGCAGCUCCACAUCAAAAAGUCACUUUGUCCUUGCCACAGUCCUACACAGUCUGAACGUUUAGCUUCCACUCAGGUAUUUGCACAGGGGCGUCAUUUCAGUUUUUUUCAACAACAAAAAAAAAGGGGGGGGGGGCAAAAUCAAAACUUGGUAGGCUUGUUAAGCUGUGUAUUACUUUAGGUGCCUCAGUGCAUAGCAAUUUAAAUAAACUCUUCAAAUCCAGCGGGGUGGGCAAAUGCCCCCCUCUGUCCUGAGUUUUUUUCAACAACAAAAAAAAAGGGGGGGGGGGCAAAAUCAAAACUUGGUAGGCUUGUUAAGCUGUGUAUUACUUUAGGUGCCUCAGUGCAUAGCAAUUUAAAUAAAAUCUUCAAAUCCAGCGGGGUGGGCAAAUGCCCCACUCUGUCCUGGCCAAAUGACGUCCCUGCAUGGUAUUGCGUUGCCUGAGCCCAUCUUUAAAGGAGUUCUUCAGUCUUCGGUGCGCCUCCCGGGUUCUUUAGCUUCAUGCUGUGGCCACCUUCACUUAGCCCUUCUAUUCUGAUGUACCACGAAGUGACCAUGUCACCCGUUGUCCAUACAAAACACAAGAUCAUGUAGGCCUCGUGUAUAGUUAUUAUUUUCACUUUUGUGCAAGCCGUUUCCAGUUUCUAACCAAAUAAUCUCUUACGCUCCCCCAGCAUCGGAGCUAUCCUGGUCUCCCGUCUAGAUCUCGAUGUGAGGUCGGUAAAGACGUUUAAAGAAGACUUUAAGAGCGAUCCAGCCCGGGCAAUGAGACAAGCCGUAGAUACGUACCUCCAACAGUUCACAGCCGAUACCAUCGCUGUAUAUUUAGAGGGCUUUUUCAAAAGGUAUGUCCGGAGAUAUAACGCUAGUCUCAAGAGUUCUAACCGCGUCUUACGUUAAAGAAAUACAGGAUUUGGAAUUAAUAGUUAUAUUUGUAGGGAAAUAUAAUAAUAGAUCCACACAAAAAAUGUACGGUAGCUUAAAAAAAAUAUUUAAAACAAAACAAAACAUGGACGCUAUUCUAGUAUUUUGUGUUUUUCGUUUAUAUUUUCAGUUUUGGUUGAGGUUUCAUAUAUUUUCAAUUUCUAAAAGCUUCUAAGGCAGCGUUUCUCAACAUGUGGGUCGCGACUCCUUUAAGGUUUGAACAAUCUUUCACAGGGGUCACCUAUAACCCUAGGAAAACACAUACUCCAUAGAUAUCAAAGAUAAUAACUUUAUGCUUGGGGAUCACCAUAACAUUAGGAAUUGUAUUAAAGGGUGGCGGAAUUAGGAAUGUUGAGAACCGAUGUUCUGAGGGACUUCGCAUAUACGAGAAUACGCAGUAUUUUGUGGUUUAGCUAAUAAAUGAGUGAGGAUGUAACCAUUAUUAUACUGCAUGUGAUCGGAAAAAUCCCUAAAGUACAAUAAAACCUUAGAGGCACUCUAUUGUACAGCAUUGCUCAACAUCCAGUCUCGUUAUAUAUAUAUAUAUAAAUAUAAAAUGUAUGUUCAUUCAUUUGAGAUGGUGUUCCCUUUGAUUCCGAAACGAUCUUUUCAUAAUUAGCCCUAAAAAAUUGUAGUGCUUUCUUACCACACGUCUUACCACACGUCUUACCACAUGUCUUACCACACGUUUUACCAAACGUUUUUCCACACGUCUUACCACACGUCUUACCACACGUCUUACCACACGUCUUACCACAUGUAUUACCUAAUGUCUUACCCCCACGUCUUACCACACGUAAUUUUUUUUACCAUACAACUGCAACCUCACACCCUUUUUCAAGAAUAAAUUAUGAUGUCUUCUUGGUCCAGACUUGUCACCGCGACUGACAGGGUGGGCAGCUACAUACCGAACAUACUGGAGGCAGACCAAGCUUUGCUGAGAGUGGAGCUCGACGAAUGCAGGGGGAAGACGGACGUCAUCACAUCGGCUGAUCAGAAAUGUGGGUCACUUCAAGGGCAGCUCGAUCAGUACUUCGCAGUACGGCUGAUGGAGACAGACUUUGCUGAGAGGCAGCUGAUGUAGGUGACGUGCCGCGUUCGAGGGAUCUUUUUUUUUUUAAUUCUAGAAAUGAGAGAAACUUUCAGCGAAAUAAUGAACAAAGUUAAGGUGAAAGAGGCUUAGUUGAAGCGUGUCUCAAACAUGUUAACGGAAUAUAUUUAUGGACUAAACUACGCAGUAUAUAGACUAAAAUACACCUUAUAUAGACUAAACUACGUGUAUAAAGACUAAAAUACACAGUUUAUAGACUAAUAUAUCGUUACAUAGACUACAAUACGCAGUAUUUAGACUAAAAUACACCUUAUUAUAGACUAAACUACACCGUAUAUAGACUAAAAUACACCUUAUAGAGACUAAACUACAUGUAUAUAGACUAAAAUACACAGUUUAUAGACUAAUAUAAAGUUACAUAGACUACAAUACGCAGUAUAUAGACUAAACUACACCUUACAUAGACUGAACUAUACCUCACAUAGUCUAAACUGCACCAUACAUAGACUAAACUACCCCUUAUUUUGUCUAAAAUACACAGUUUACAAGUUUAACUACACCUUACAAAGACUAAACUACAUCUUACAUAGACUAAACUACACCUUACAUAGACUAAAAUGCAUCUGAUAUAGACUAAACUACACCUUAUAUAGACUAAAAUACGCAGUAUAUAGACUAGACGACAUAGUGUAGACUAAACUACAAAGUAUAAAAACACUAAGUCCUUUUUUAUUAAUACAAAUGGUCUCCUUUAGUCCGGUCAAUGAACAAGUUUACGAUUUUACCUUUGCGAUCUUGGUUAGGCGCUGGUAUGGCCCUUGGGAGAUGGGUCAAAGGUGACCACGCUAUUAUAAUUUAUAAUAAAUGUAUACCUUUUAACAAAUAAUUAUGUUUGCAAAUUGGCUUCUACUUGACAGAGUCCAAAACGAAAUUGGCCGGGGUCAGUUUGCCAGCGUUUGUAAAGCAACGCUUCGACUGGAAAGUGUCGACCAACAGGUGGCCGUGAAAAUUCCACUGAAUCCACUGACGGUUGAGGACAUCAGUUACACCAUUUUGGAAGACGCUGUACUCAGGUGAACAUUUAUAUAUAUAUAUAAAAAUGACCUUUUAAAGGAAAUUAGAAUUUGAACACUACCCUGGCGCCGUCCUAUCUGAAGAGCUGCUGACGCCUUGUGUACCCACUAGACAACUCCGCUCAUCCGACAGUGGCAAACUCUUGACACCACGUGUUCGCCUUGAGACUUGCGGAAAGCGCACUUUCGCAUUUGCUGGUCCAACAAUUUGGAACGCCCUUCCAGUCGAUCUCAGAAACAAUCAGACACUGGAGUCCUUUAAAACCGAUUUAAAGACACAUUUAUUUCGCAAACACCUUCUGGGAUGAUUGUUUACCAUAUUUUCCAUUUAAUGCAUAUUACCUGUGUUGCUCACGGUUGAAAUGGGUUGAAAGACUUUGACAUUGUAUGCUUGUAAUUAGUUUUUGUAGUGUUUUUACUCUUGUACCACGCUUCGAGCCUUUGGGGAUGAAGCGUGUUUUUGAAAUACACUUUAUUAUUAUUAUUAUUAUUAUUCCUCCAUGUCCCAUCCAUGGGUUCAUCCGGGGAGUGGGGUGGGGGGAUGUCGUUGCUCAAUUCUUUGCGGUUUUACCGUUGUAAAGAUUAAACUAGUUAAAGAAUUAAUUAUUUUAAUGAAAUUUAAAAUAAUUUUUAAAAAACUUCUUUGUGCCAUUUCUUAAUAAAGUUUGAAUAUAUGCAUUAAUCUGAAUCUAUUUCUUUUUUUUCUUUCUGGGAUAUCUACAGAGAACUGAAACAUGAGAACAUUAUCAAAUAUUACGGCGUCUACCGCACAGGAGCAGAACAAAACAUGAGGCUGGUUUUCGUCAUGGAGUACUGCGAAAAAACAAUGAUGGUAAAAACUAUAGACGAGAUUUGAAAACGAGAUUCAAAAGCGAGAUUUAAAAGUGAGAUUUAAAAACGAGAUUUAAAAAAUGAAAUUCAAAACGAGAUUUGAAAACGAGAUUUGAAAGCGAGAUUUAAAAGUGAGAUUAAAAAAUGAGAUUUAAAAAACGAGAUUUAAAAACGAGAUUUUAAAACGAGAUUUCUGGUGAUUAAAAAAAUCAUUGUCUGUAAUCUUCUUGCAGGCUUUCUAAUGCCUAAUACAGAUACGCUAUAAAAUCCACUUUCACACAUAUAAUACUACUUCCAAAUUUGUAUUUUACGUUUUUAUUUAUUUUAAAAUUUUGGCUAUUUUCCUUUCAAAGAAACACAAAUUUCACAAAAAUCAAUUUUCAUACUUUUUGCGACGAAAUGAAGGAGACGUCAUUUUCACUUUUAAUUCUCUCGUUUCUUUUUCAAUGGAUUAAUGCAAUGUCUUUGGUACACUAAAAGAAUAGACGUACACACAUUAUUAUUUAGAAUACAUUUCUAAUCAAGAACCUGUAUUUUUACACCAUCACGUUAAAGGGCUAACUAUCUGCACUAAAUUAUGUAUUAAGUCAAUUGAGCAAAAUAAAUAUCCUUUUAGAUCGUCGCGGUUUACGUAGAACUGUACUAUCUUUAUUUCGAGGACCUCCAUUCUCUUUAAGGCGGAGACCUCUUCUGUCUUUAAGGCGGAGACCACUUCUGUUUUUAUGGCGGAGACCUCUGCUGUCUUUAAGGUAGAGACCUCUUCUGUCCUUAAGGCGGAGAUUUAUUCUGAAUUGAAGGCGGAGACCUCUUCCGUCUUUAGGUCGGAAACCUCUACUGUUUCCAAGGUCUUGGUCUCUCAUGAAAGUGUCAACAUUCUGUGUAUAUACUCAUUUACCAUUAAAAUUGAUUCAUCACAAUACUAACCAAAUGUUACCAUGUGAUUCAUUUAGUAAUAAACCAUCAUUAAAAAACACACACAUGGGAAGAUACUAUCAUUUUCUUGGUGAAUCUUUUAUCAUCCAUAUGAUUUAAAGAUCAUUUCAGAGUUAAGAAAAACAAAGUUCCAUUUUAUAUCCCUUAAAAUUGUACCCAGGGCGAUUGUUCACAAUGUAAAGGUUCACAUAACAUUUCUUUUUCACGAUACUAUUAUUAAUUUUUAAUCUAAACAUCUAAGUAGUUUAUUAACUCGUUUCUGAUGUAAAAAAAAAACAACAACAACAAAAAAAACUAUUUGCUUCUGCUAGUCUUUAAUCGUCAACACUGACCCACCAAGCUCCUACAGACGAGACACAGCUGAAGGCCAAUUCAUGGACACCUUUUUCAAAGUAACGGAUUACUUAUUACAGCUGUGUUCUGGGCUCGAAUACCUCCAUCACAAAUCCAUCGCUCACAGGGAUCUAAAGCCUGAAAAUAUUUUAGUGAGUGACUUUGAGUGAAUAGUGAGUGUGUGUGUGCGCGUGUGUGUGGGGGGUGGGGGUAGGUAGGGGUCAGUCUUUUUAAUAUUAAUGAUUAAUUUUUUUAAAGAAAUUAAGAUUUUUUUAAAGAAAUAUCUCUGUCGUAGUGUGAACAUUUUAUGUAGAUUCAUCAUAUUUAGUUGUUUGCUUAAUCAUUUGUCAUCAUAUUAGUCGCGUCCCUCCUGGUCCUGUGUCUUUUUAUAUGAAUGUAUAUGUCAUAAAUCCGAGCUCCUAGGCAUUCGGUGCACACAAUAACGCUUACGUCGUUCAUUUUGAAGUAGUGGUCAUUCGAUUUUCGCCUGAGAAGCUUGAUCUAAAUCGUUACAGAUUAUGAGCGGACGCCCACAAUAAAGUAAACAUGGAACGGAUGUGUUACCUUGUAGAAACCUAUGAACUGAUUUUAUCAUGAUAGGGCUGGAUUUUUAUAGCGCAGUACUCCAGCCUAGGGGCUAGGCUCACCGCGCUUCACAUUAAAAUUAGCCAUUACAGAAAGUUAUACAUUUAAAAACAACAAUUGGUAAAAAACGUGACGUCACCCACCCAAGUGCUAUCUAGCCCCCCCCCCCCUGGUCUAACCAUGGACAACGCCCAGCAGCAUCCGGCAUUGUUUACCAGUUAGAGGCGGGUGAGGAUGAGUCGGUAUAUUAUAUUUUGUAGAGAUGUUUCUUGAGGGCAGUUUUAAAGGCCUAGGAUCUUCAUUAUGUUGCGUAAUGUGUAAUGGAAGAGAAUUCCAUUGUUUUUGGGCACAGAAAGAGAAGGAUCGUUCACUAUACGUUUUCGAGGGUGUUCUGGGCACAGAAAGAAUACGCGUGUCUGCGGAGGUAGCAAGCUUUCGAAAUAUUUCACAUUAUUUGAUAAUAAUAAGAUCUCUGAAUGGUUCAGUUCGUUGGAGAUGAUAGCUCCAAAUGGUUCAGUUAGUAGGACAUGAUAGCUCUAAAUGGUUCAGUUCGUUGGAGAUGAUAGCUCUAAAUGGUUCAGUUCGUUGGAGAUGAUAGCUCCAAAUGGUUCAGUUCGUUCGAGAUGAUAGCUCUAAAUGGUUCAGUUCGUUGGAGAUGAUAGCUCCAAAUGGUUCAGUUCGUAGGACAUGAUAGCUCCAAAUGGUUCAGUUCGUUGGAGAUGAUUGCUCUAAAUGGUUCAGUUCGUUGGAGAUGAUAGCUAUAAAUGGUUCAGUUAGCUGGAGACGAUAGCUCUAAAUGGUUCAGUUAGUUGGAGAUGAUAGCUCUAAAUGGUUCAGUUAGUUGGAGACGAUAGCUCUAAAUGGUUCAGUUAGUUGGAGACGAUAGUUCUAAAUGGUUCAGUUAGUUGGAGAUGAUAGCUCUAAAUGGUCCAGUUCGUUGGAGAUGAUAGCUCUAAAUGGUUCAGUUCGUUGGAGAUGAUAGCUCUUAAUGGUUCAGUUAGUUGGAGACGAUAGCGCUAAAUGGUUCAGUUAGUUGGAGAUGAUAGCUCUAAAUGGUUCAGUUAGUUGGAGAUGAUAGCUCUAAAUGGUUCAGUUCGUUGGAAAUGAUAGCUCCAAAUGGUUCAGUUAGUUGGAGAUGAUAGCUCUAAAUGGUUCAGUUAGUUGGACAUGAUAGCUCCAAAUGGUUUAGUUAGUUGGACAUGAUAGCUCCAAAUGGUUCAGUUAGUUGGACAUGGUAGCUCCAAAUGGUUCAGUUAGUUGGACAUGAUAGCUCCAAAUGGUUCAGUUAGUUGGACAUGAUAGCUCCAAAUGGUUCAGUUAGUUUGAGAUGAUAGCUCCAAAUGGUUCAUUUAGUUGGACAUGAUAACUCCAAAUGGUUCAGUUAGUUGGAGAUGAUAGCUCCAAAUGGUUCAGUUAGUUGGACAUGGUAGCUCCAAAUGGUUCAGUUAGUUGGACAUGAUAGCUCUAAAUGGUUCAGUUAGUAGGACAUGAUAGCUCCAAAUGGUUCAGUUAGUUGGACAUGAUAGCUCCAAAUGGUUCAGUUAGUUUGACAUGUUAGCUCCAACUGGUUCAGUUAGUUGGACAUGAUAGCUCCAAAUGGUUCAGUCCGUUGGAGAUGAUUGCUCUAAAUGGUUCAGUUCGUUGGAGAUGAUAGCUAUAAAUGUUUCAGUUAGCUGGAGACGAUAGCUCUAAAUGGUUCAGUUAGUUGGAGAUGAUAGCUCUAAAUGGUUCAGUUAGUUGGAGACGAUAGCUCUAAAUGGUUCAGUUAGUUGGAGACGAUAGCUCUAAAUGGUUCAGUUAGUUGGAGAUGAUAGCUCUAAAUGGUUCAGUUAGUUGGAGACGAUAGUUCUAAAUGGUUCAGUUAGUUGGAGAUGAUAGCUCUAAAUGGUCCAGUUCGUUGGAGAUGAUAGCUCUAAAUGGUUCAGUUCGUUGGAGAUGAUAGCUCUUAAUGGUUCAGUUAGUUGGAGACGAUAGCGCUAAAUGGUUCAGUUAGUUGGAGAUGAUAGCUCUAAAUGGUUCAGUUAGUUGGAGAUGAUAGCUCUAAAUGGUUCAGUUCGUUGGAAAUGAUAGCUCCAAAUGGUUCAGUUAGUUGGAGAUGAUAGCUCUAAAUGGUUCAGUUAGUUGGACAUGAUAGCUCCAAAUGGUUUAGUUAGUUGGACAUGAUAGCUCCAAAUGGUUCAGUUAGUUGGACAUGGUAGCUCCAAAUGGUUCAGUUAGUUGGACAUGAUAGCUCCAAAUGGUUCAGUUAGUUGGACAUGAUAGCUCCAAAUGGUUCAGUUAGUUGGAGAUGAUAGCUCCAAAUGGUUCAUUUAGUUGGACAUGAUAAGUCCAAAUGGUUCAGUUAGUUGGAGAUGAUAGCUCCAAAUGGUUCAGUUAGUUGGACAUGGUAGCUCCAAAUGGUUCAGUUAGUUUGACAUGUUAGCUCCAACUGGUUCAGUUAGUUGGACAUGAUAACUCCAAAUGGUUCAGUUAGUUUGACAUGAUAUCUCUAAAUGGUUCAGUUAGUUGGACAUGAUAGCUCUAAAUGGUUCAUUUCGUUGGAGAUGAUAGCUCCAAAUGGUUCAUUUCGUUGGAGAUGAUAGCUCCAAAUCGUUCAAUUCGUUGGACAUGAUAGCUCUGAGUUCAACUAAUACAAAAUACUAAAACUAGAAACGCACCUAAAUUUCAGAUUGCGAUCAAAGACGGGAGAGAGACGAUAAAGAUAGCUGAUUUCGGCCUGGCCAAGAAAAUGUUCAAGCCUGCGUCCAGUCAAGUGGGCUCGAGAGCGUACAUGGCGCCAGAGAUUUUCCACGUCGGGGCCAAGUACGACACAAAAGUAGAUAUUUACAGGUAAGCGGGCCAACACAUGGCGCCAGAGAUUUUCCACGUCGGGGCCAAGUACGACACAAAAGUAGAUAUUUACAGGUAAGCGGGCCAACACAAAGAAAUGAACGCGCACAAUCAUUGCACACGUUGUUUUAUGUGUUUAUUUAUGUUUAAUAUAUAUUUUUUAUAAAGUGUUAAAUGUGCGCCUUUCAGUAGAGCGUUGAUUGUGCAAACAUUGGAUAUAUCAUGUUGCUAAUGAUAGUAAAUAAAAAUUAAUUAAACCAAACAUGGUUAAAUAAUGAUAAUAAUAAUAAUAUUACUAAUAAUAUGAUAUUAUAUAAUAGUUGUUAACGCGAUGUUGUUUUUAUUAUUAUAUUAUUAUUAUUACUACUUGCUCUAGCCAUGCCAAUACAAUGGUGGACCCAGUGCGUGAACUUCUCAUUUACUAAAGUUAUUUGACACAUUUAAAAAAGACAAAAAAAAAACGACUUUAUAAGAACCCUAAUUAGUGCAACCCCCACCCACGGUUCGCCAACGCCCUUGAACUGUAUUAGUAUUCGAAUGUCCCCCCCCCCCUCCCUCUUUUACACAAUGCAGAUUAAUGACAUCAGUAGUUAUCACUUGGCAAACAAUUGCCGCGGAAAUAUGUGAACUCCCCAUCUACUAAAUUUACUUUUCAAAACAAGCAAGCAAGUUACUCGUCUUAUAAGAAGCCCAAGAAGUGCUCCCACCCCCCCCCCUUCCUCAAAGCUCACCACCGCACACUUUGUGCACGAUUCUGAGCAAUAUUAAUAUUGUAAUGUCCAAUCACUUUUGAUACCACAGGUUUAUAAAACCAUAUUUAAAUUUAGACUAUUUCCAUCGAACUAAAGGAAAAUAUUACGCAUCAAACGCUCUUGUAAUUUUAAGAUUCUCAUUUAGCUCAGUUAUCGAGCACUUUUUAAAAAAAAAUUGAAAUCGGCGUCGUCGCUGCAUCUUCUUCUUCUUCUAUAUCUUAAGGGCCCACGAUCAAUUUAUUGAUCAUUUUGGCUCCUAUGCAUGUAGAUGGGAUUUGCAAUGUUUCUGUUACUGGUGUUGAUGAGGAAAUCAUGCACUAGGGGUUUGAAGGUUUGAGUCAAUAGACACAAAUGUGUCUAGUGUUGUCGCCUCAACUGUUCCUUUUGAAAGAUGGUUCCAGUCCCUGAUUGUCUUGGGCAGGAAUGAGCAGCUCCUAUACUGGCUUCUUGUUGGUAUGAGCCUGAAUUGCCUGUCAUGGCCUCGUCGCUGUCUAUGGGGGAGAGGAACGAGUUUCUGUUUAAUACUCUUAUAUAUAUUACGCUUCUGGUGUGACUCGUCAGCUGCUUACGUUUGUGGCUGCUUACGUUUGUGGCUGCUUACGUUUGUGGCUGCUUACGUUUGUGGCUGCUUACGUUUGUGGCUGCUUACGUUUGUGGCUGCUUACGUUUGUGGCUGCUUACGUUUGUGGCUGCUUCCUAUUCAACGUAUUUGGCAUUGAGAGUAUAUUACAAAUAAUUGCAUGUGUUUGAAAGAAAGUAUGGUUCAAUAAUGAGUUCACUAUCGCGCAAAAUAUCAUUUCCGAUAACUAUAAUGCAAAAUGAUUUUCUUUCUUUUUUUUUAAAUAACGCAACUGCGUUUGGUGCGUACUAUUUUCUUUUCGGAAUUUGAAAUCGUUUCAAUUUAAGUAUUGUAUAAAAAACAAAUAUUCGGUUUCAAAGUGGUUGGGACAUCAGAAGAUUUAAUAUAGUACAUGGGCGUGAAAUAAAAAGUGUGCAGUGACGUAUCAUGGGGGAAGGGCUGCAGCAAAUAUUGGGAUUCUAAAAUGUGGGUUACUAAGUUCAUGUUUUUGUCAAGUAAUUUUAGCAGAUGGGAAGUUCAAGCAUUGCUGUCGCCAAUGUUUGGCGGGCUACAUCUUGUAGAUUAUUAUUUUGAUUAAUAAUGUCACGUUAUAAGUAUGAUCUUAUAUUGCCCAAUAUAACGUAUUUAACACCACUGACCGUUAAUUUAAACUAUUUUGUAAAGCACCGUAACACUUGCAUAUGUCAUGCAUUACCUUUGCGAUGAUGCUUUUGACUUCUAGAAAAUAGAUUGAUGAUUGGCUUUCUAGGGUAUGUGUCAUUUCUCGGCGGAAGUCUAUUAGUAGAUUAACCGGGCGUACGGCACGGCCAACCUCAUUAAGAUAAUAAUAAAACAUUCUGGCAUUACGUUUGGCCAAUCUCUCAACAGCUGUUCGGUACUUCUGCGUUAUUGUGAGCCAGCAUAAAGGGUCUCAACCUAGACGAAAACGUGUUUACAACGUUUUUAUACGAAAGAUUUUAACAAACCAAUUGUUACUGCCGCAUAUCUGCGGAAUUAUAUUGUUAGAAGCUAGGUUUUGCGAGAGAAAAAAAAAUCUGUCUAAAAAUAGGAACAUUACGCAAAGCGAUGUUAGGUUUUCUGGUCGUAGUGAUGACAAACCCUACUCUACCUGUAGUCCAAAAUAAUUAUCAACCUUUUUUUUUUAACCAUCAACAGUUUGGCGCUGAUUGUCUGGUCGCUGUGGUAUGGCACGGAAUUGGUACACUUUAUCGAACGUGACAUCUCCGGCUCCUUUGAUGUGCGUACAUAAUACACACGUUUGUACACAUGUUGAUGUAUGUUUGUACAGACAUAGAGUGUGUACAUUUAUUUCUCACUGCUGUCAUAUGAAGUUGUUGCAUUGCUUGUGUUUGCUCGUGGCACGCUGGUGUGUAACGCGAGACGACUGUAGGUGUCCCGCCUAAAAUGUAUACCAAAGGGACGAAAAGCGUAUAAUAUAUGAUAGCAAGUUAAUAUGGUCAAAUCGAGUGGUGAAAAAACUUUGUCAAUUACCGAUCUGUAAAGGUAUAAAAGUGAUGGGUUAUUUUUGCACAUGUGUGAUAUAUAACUAAUGGGAAAUGGAAGAACAAUGAGAUGUGAUUAAAUUUAUCUUAGAAAAUAAAAUUUAACGACUGUUAUGGAAUGAUUUUUUUUUUCCUAAAGGCGAUAACUUUUUUUUUAAAUUCUAUGCAAAGGACGCUGUAAAAGACGGAUGGCGGCCAAGUCUGACGAUGGCACAGCCCCCUCCUGAUUCCUGGAGAGAGCUCAUUCAGAAAUGCUGGCAUCGUGACCCUAAAGAAAGACCCUCCGCGUGGCAAGUGGCCAUUGUUUUACGGUCGAACCCGUUCGAAAUAUUUGACGAAUGAGACCGACUCUGAGGAUUUGAGACCCGCUCUGACGGAUAAGACCAUCUCUGACGAAGGAGACCAUCCCUGGCGAAUUCUGAUUCUGAUUCUGAUAGGCUACGUUGCUGCAACCAAGUACUGGCAUAUGUGCAACGGUUUGGGAAACGAUGAGGCUUGCCUAACCGCUCCUAGCGGGUGCCAGGGCAGCCUUGAAACUCUCGAUUGAAGAUCGAGACCAUCUCUGACGAAUGAGACCAACUCCUGACCGAUAAAAAGAGAAUUGACAGAGAUUUUUUUUUUUUCAAUAAAGUUUGCAUAAAAAGUAAAGGUGUUGAAAAUAUAGACGUGAAAUACAAAUUUACCUUCUUAAAGGUUAAUUUUAUUCAACAGCAGCUGGCUUAAACAUGUAAACAAUAUAACUUUGAAAAUAUUCGAACAUGCGUAAUUCAAUCUUAGAUAUAACUCUGGGCCGGUCUUACUACUUAGUGGUUGUGAGUUCGAAGCUCUCCAUUCGUUGUCUUUUUUAUUUAUGUAAAACACAUAGACAUUAAAUUUAUAUUAUUUUUUUACUACAAAAAAAUUGACAUUACAUUGAGAUUAGCAUCACAUUAUGUUUAAAUACUUUAAAAAUAAAUUAUGCUGUUUUCUUUGUUUCUUUCAUUAUAUAUUAUUUUUUAUGUAUUUCAAAACUCUAUUGUAUAUGAAUCGCUACAUUUCAAAUCAGUCGGAUUUUAUGUAUUUAUGAGGGGAAAGAUGGUGUGCAUUGUGUCUCAAUGCAUUUAUGACAAAGCACUAUGUAAUAAAAGUUUUCGAACAUUUAAUUAAAAUUUUUCAUAAAAUUAUGUGGAAGUAAGUUUCUCAAAAUUUAUUUUUAGAACAAAUAAAUGAUGAUAAUGUCUGAAAUUUUGUCAUGGUAAUUAAAAAUACUUCUUCUUAGUUCGUAGUGCAAUAAGAGUUUCGAU